AUGAAUUCAUUAAAUUCCAUUGAAUCCAGAUCAAAUUCAAUUGAUAUACAAUUAAUUGAUAUACAUAUUUAUGUGAUUCCACCAAAUUUAUGGAUUAAUGAUUUAAAUACAGCAUUUACUCAAGUGAUUAAAAAUACAGUUUCAGCUGGAAUAAUUCGUUCUAAAAUUAAUAUCACUUUAGCUGAAUUACGUGAAAUUUUAAAGAAAGAAUUUGAAGAACAAAUUUUACCAAAUGAUUAUAUAUUUUGUAAACAAGUUGGACAUUCACUUGGUCGUAUUCAAUCAAAUCAAGAGAUAUUGUUUAAAGUGAAUGAAUUUCUUCCUCCUCAGUCUGAACUAUCUGAGAUCUAUGUGAUAGAUCGUCAGGCUAUUGAUGAAAGUCAAAUACAUCAAAAAGAAUUUUAUCAACAUGCUGCAGCACAACAUCAUCAGGUCAAUUUAAUGCCACUUCCUACAUUAGGACAAACGAGAUCAGCAUCACCAAUAACAAAACCAGAUGAUUCAAAGAAAAAUUUACUUGACAAUAAUGAAAAUGUUCAAUCACCAAGUAUUCCUACUCCACAAGGGCAAAAUAUACCAGUUAAUCGUGAAUUACCUCCUGUGACAAAUGCGCAUCAAGAAUCUCAACAACAACAGUUACAACAAAAUAUCAACAGACCUAGUUCACAUUAUGAACAAAGACCAUCUAUUACUUUACCAGUAAUUUACCCAGUAUCAAAUCAAUCUGUAAACAGUUCACAUGAAUUACCUUCAUUGCAAACUGAGUUUAUACCAAAAUCGUUAACACCCAUUAUUCAUACUGGUGAUUCUGGUUUAGAUACUAUCUCAGCAGCAAUUAGUCAUCAAAAAGAUGUUUUACAACGUUUAGAAUAUGAACAACAAAAACGUAUAUUACAGAUGCAAGCGGAAGCUGAAGAGCGUCGUCGUCUUGAGGCUGAACUAUGUGCAAAAGAAUUAGCUAAAAAUGCUAAUCAUGCUAAGCGAAUGGAAGAGCUAGAGAAAGAAUUAAGAAGAUGGACUGAUGAGGCGAAACAGACAAGAGAACGUUUAGAUCAGUUAAAAUCAGCAUGGGAUACAGCAUUAAAAUCCAAAGAGGAAGAGAUCACUACUUUGAAACAAGGUUUAGAAUUCAUGAAGAAGAGCAGAGACCAAAAUGAUGGCAAACCCACAGCAAGAGAAAUCGCUGCACAAACAGAAAUACGCCAACUUCAAAUUCAGUUAACCGGAAUGAAGGAGAACUUUAGUCGUGUUAGAAGAGAAUUAGAAGAAAGACGUAAAGUUGCAGACGCUAGAAUGGACGCUGUGGGAGAUGAAAUCAAGGAUAUAAGACGAAAAAUGUCAGAUGUACAUGCUACAUUAAAAGAACCUAAACCUGUACAAAUUACAGUCAGUUCACACCCUAAAUCUGUUUGUGACGUAGGAACAGAAGCGAUGGAUGAAGUCAAAAAGUCACCACCGCCUCCGAAAAUUAGGAUCAAAAAACGUCAAGUUCAAAUGGAUUCCGAUGAUGAUGUAGAACAUCUACAGCGUUUAAGACGUCUUCGAAUGGCUGCAGAAAAACGAAGAAUAGAAUUGGUUAAACGUUUGCAUUAUUUAUAUGUGUGCUUAGGAACUCGAAGAACACAAGCUCGAGAUGAAUGGAAACGUCGUUAUUAUUCAGCUAAAAAACAGGCACCAAAUCUUGAAUCAAGAAUGAAUGGACAUAGAGGUGAUUUAGAAUCACUGAUCAGAAGGACUAUUUCAACCUUAAAACACAGUGGAACAGAUUCUGUAGAGCAUACACUGAGAUGCUUUAACGUUAAAAAAAGAGAUAAUGCUUUUUGAUGAGUGAAAUAAGAAUGAUAUAUAGUUUACUGUGUGGUCAUAAUGCUUUCAGAAGAACAUUUAACUUGUGGCUAAACUUAUUUGAAUAAACCAGAGUCAUUUACAAUCCUUAACUUAUAAUCUGUGUUUUAAAAUUGAAAACAUCUCAUAAAAUUGUAAUAAAUGACCUAAAAGCAAUUAUAAUGGAGUGUGGAGGG